UUGUUUCUCUCAUUCGUGCAGUGUGCGUUUGUUUGACAACAUGGACUCCACGCCCCGUUUCUCUCUCUCUAUCCCUCCUCUCUUCUUUCUCUCUCUUCCUCGCUUUUCAAUACCACCCCUUCCUUAUUUGCAUUCUCAUUCUUCCCAUUUUCUCUCCCGCUUUUUCAACAUUUCUCUCCACCUUUUCUUCUGGUACACAUUCUUAUUCUUCUUCUUCUUCUUUCACUUUUUCUUAUACUUAUCAAAAACCUUUCAAUUUCGACUUUUCCCCAUUAUUCUAUUAAGAUCUCGCAACUCUCACCACGAUUUUGUAUGUCUCUCAAGAUCUGUUUUGGAGUGGAGCUUGAUUUGAUCAUUGGUAUCAAGGAAUAAGACUUCAAUCUUCACACUAAAAAUAAGAGGGAUUUCUCAAAUGCUAAAUUUUGUUAGGUCCAGAACUCAGGCAAGGGCAACCAGACCUAAUACAAUGGGAACCAUGGAUUAUGCGGAUCCGAAGAGGAAAGGCAAUUUUAUUGGAAAAGUUUUUCUUGCUGCUGCAUUAACAACAAUAUGUAUUAUCAUGAUCAAGCGAUCUCCAUCUUUGAAUUCUCCAAGUCCGUUUGCCACCCACGAAACUGGGGUCACUCAUGUUUUAGUAACAGGGGGAGCAGGCUUUAUUGGCUCACACGCUGCUUAUCGACUUCUGAAAGAUAACUAUCGUGUCACCAUAGUAGACAAUCUGUCGCGAGGAAAUUUGGGUGCCAUCAGGGUUCUUCAAGACUUAUUUCCAGAACCAGGAAGGCUUCAAUUUAUAUAUGCCGACUUGGGAGAUCCAAUAUCGGUUAAUAAAAUAUUUUUGGAGAACACAUUCGACGCUGUGAUGCACUUUGCUGCUGUUGCAUACGUAGGGGAAAGCACUGUCGAUCCUCUUAAGUAUUAUCACAAUAUAACUUCAAAUACCUUGUUGGUAUUGGAGACUAUGGCCAAACAUGAUGUGAAGACAUUGAUAUAUUCUAGUACAUGUGCAACAUAUGGUGAACCUGAAAAAAUGCCGAUUACAGAAGUAACACCGCAGGUUCCUAUUAAUCCAUAUGGGAAAGCCAAGAAGAUGGCAGAGGAUAUCAUCCUUGAUUUUUCUAGAAAUUCAGAUAUGGCAGUAAUGAUUCUCAGAUACUUCAAUGUGAUUGGAUCAGACCCCGAAGGAAGGUUGGGUGAGGCUCCAAGACCUGAAUUGCGAGAGCAAGGUCGAAUAUCUGGUGCCUGCUUUGAUGCAGCUCGCGGUAUUAUUCCUGGCUUAAAGGUUAGAGGAACAGACUAUAAGACAGGUGAUGGAACUUGUGUACGAGAUUAUAUCGAUGUAACGGACCUGGUCGAUGCUCAUGUGAAAGCUCUUGAAAAGGCACAGCCUUCUAAAGUUGGGAUCUACAAUGUUGGCACUGGAAAGGGUAGUUCAGUGAAGGAGUUUGUUGAAGCUUGCAAAAAGGCUACAGGGGUGAACAUUAAAGUAGAAUACCUUGCUCGCCGUCCGGGCGAUUACGCGGAGGUGUAUAGUGACCCAACAAAGAUCAACCAAGAACUGAAUUGGUCUGCGCAACGUACUAAUCUUGAAGAGAGUUUACGAACUGCAUGGAGAUGGCAGAAAUCUCACCGUGAUGGAUACGGCGUUCCAAAUGCAGUAUAUUGAAGUAUUACUAUUCAGAAUUCUAACAUAGCAGAAUAUUAGAAGCAAACAACCCCAGCAGCAACAUCUAUGUUAUUGUUAGCUGCAUUUUUUAUUUGCUAUAUUAGAUAUUAGAUAUAAGAAGGGUUGAUAGUUUUGUUUUCUUCUUUCAUUCACUCCAUAGUGUUUGGUAAUUAGGGAGCUAUUAGUCCAUUCGUUAUAUGUAUUGACCACAUAAUAUGAUUCAAUAAUAUAAUGCCGAGGCUCUGGUAUACCUUUUCUCAAA